AUGAGGUUGAUUAAUACAUCCACCGAUACCACUUUCGUCUUCUCGAUUGAUAAGCACAAUUUUACUGUCAUAGGUGCCGAUCUUGUUCCGUUGGAGCCGUAUGAUACUUCUCACAUCCUCAUUGGUAUUGACGUGAAAGACGGGGAUUCUUUCUGGAUUCGCAUGGUACCUGCGGGAGAUGGAUGCAGCAGAUUCCGGAAAGAUCAUGUGCCUGACGAAAGGAUGGGGGCGUUGUACUACGGGAAGAAGACCAAUGUGCUGCCCAAAUCUGAAGGCGGUGGAUACGAUAUCAGUUGCCGCGAUGAACCAUAUGAGCGACUGAAACCAAUACAGAAAUGGACUGUACCAGAUCCAUUACUUGCACCAGACUUGAUGACAAAGACGCAGAAAAUCGGCAUUGAUAUUUGGAACCCUCCCGGCCGUCCUACUGAUGCGCCAAAGAUUGCGAAUUGGGGGGUUGGGCCCCAGCCGAUGUGGCUUAACUACUCUAAACCCAUCGUGAAGAACAUGGACAUCGAAGAUUGGCCUGAAACUUGGACUGUUUACCCAGCAAACGACUAUACACAUGAGCAGUGGGUAUACCUUGUCGUUACGGGGCAAGAAAAACAAGCAGAGCUUGCGAGAACACAGGCUCCAAAUGCUCAUCCACUACAUUUCCAUGGCCAUGAUUUCGCCCUUCUACAGCAGUCUUAUGAACCAUUCAACAGCAAGAAUCUGAAUCUCAAGCUUGAUAACCCACCUCGCCGCGAUGUUGUUCUACUUCCCAGCAAUGGCUUUGUUGUCAUUGCCUUCAAAGCUGACAACCCUGGCUCCUGGCUUAUGCACUGCCACAUCGCAUGGCAUGCUUCUGCUGGCCUCGCUCUUCAAAUCUUGGAAGAUAAGAACGACGUUGUAAAGUAUCUCAAAUCCCACCCUGAAGAUGUCAAGGAAAUGCGCCGGGUGUGCGACAACUGGGAUAAAUGGUACGGCAACGCUGAGAAUCAUUAUCCCGCCGAAUUCUUCCAGGAAGACUCUGGUAUAUAA